AUCACACUUUUGGAAAAAUAAGAAGAAUCGCAGGAAUCCCCCCGACCGAGCCACACAACCGGGUAACGCAUAAGUCUAUAUAAAUUCCGGGUUCACUUCAGCUUUUUCAAGCUCCUUUCCCCCCCUCCUCCAAAGCUGGAGUACGCAACCGCUAGGAUGGCCGCGAGGGAUCGAUUCGGCGCUUUCCCACAGGAGCCGAAUGGUUCCAAGCUCCAGCGGUUUAUACAGAGUGCUUGCGAUCCGGUAAAUUAUGAGCCUAAUCUUGCGUUGAAUUUGGAGAUUGCCGACGAGAUCAAUAAGAGGAAGGGGAACGCGCCCCGUGAGGCUGCUGUUGCCAUCGUAAACUAUAUCAAUCAUCGGAAUCCUAACGUUUCACUUCUAGCUCUUAAUCUCCUCGAUAUAUGUGUCAAGAAUUGCGGUUACCCAUUUCACUUGCAAAUUUCCACCAAGGACUUCCUGAAUGAGCUCGUUCGUCGGUUUCCCGAAAGGCCACCUGCAAGGCCGGGUAAGGUCCACCUAAAGAUUCUCGAGGCGAUUGAAGAAUGGAGGGGAACAAUAUGUCAGACAAGCCGCUAUAAGGACGACUUGGGUUUCAUUCGGGAUAUGCAUAGGCUGUUGAGCUACAAGGGAUAUGUAUUUCCGGAGGUUAGAAGAGAGGAUGCAGCGGUUCUGAACCCGAGCGAAACGCUGAAAUCCGCCGAAGAAAUGGAGGAAGAGGAGAGAGCCGCCCAGUCUGCAAAGCUCCAGGAAUUGAUUCGAAGAGGCACGCCGGUGGACCUGCAGGAGGCCAACCGUUUGAUGAAAAUCAUGGCCGGGUACGAUCAAACCUCGAGGACUGAUUACCGGGCAAAGGCCGCGGAAGAGAUUGGGAAGCUCCGUGAGAAGGCAAGGUUAUUAGAGGAGAUGCUUGGGAAGGUUCACAAGGGGGAAACUAUCGGUCAGCAAGAUACUUUUGAGGAAUUAGCAAGUGCCUUAAAAACCGCUCAACCGAAGAUCCAGAAGAUAAUAGAGGAGGAGGGUGAAGAUCCCGAUGCUGUUGUGAAACUAUUGGAGCUUAAUGACGUUAUCAAUACCACGGUUGAGAGAUAUAACUUUGUCAAGCGGGGUGACCUGAAUUCCGCAAAAGCACUACCGCUUAUGGCUGGCGCGUCCCCAUCAGCGGUUCCACCCCCUCCAGCCGUGGAGCUUUCGCUUAUAGAUCUAGAGGACAGCGCGAAUGGUGGUCCAUCGGCAUCGGCGAGCGGAAAGCCGGCCUCAUUAGAAGAAGACUUGUUGGGGCUAUCCUUCCAAGACAGUGGAAGCAGUUCGUUCGGGCAAGGCGGUGGGAUUGCGCUUGGGUUUGGAGCCAAUACAGGUAUCCCUGGCCCGCCUUUAUUAUCCUCGACGGUUGAAGCGAACACUGCCGGUCAACAACAGCGUAUUACACCCUCCACUUCACCCGCACCUCAAGUUGUACGACAGCCCCCAGCCCUCCCCAAUUACUUUCAGAAUGUAUCUACCCCCCCACCCCAGCCGAUGGCUCCAGGCGGCUUUGUUUCUCCGCCAAUACAACAAACACCAGCUCCUGCUGUCCAACGAAACAAUGGAAACAGUGCCGGCGAUGAUGAAGAUGAUUGGGCGUUCACCUCCUCGCUGCCGCCGGAACAACCUGCACCGCUGCCGGUCUCACAGAAUGAACUUGUGAUCCUCAAUUCGAACCUGCAUAUCCUGUUGGAUAUACAUAGACCUGUCACUAUGCCCAACGGCCCGAUAUUAGUAAAGGCCAAGUUUUCCAACAACGCAAGCCAACCAAUCGAGGAUCUGACUUUUCAGAUGGCAGUCACAAAGGCAUUGGCUCUCAGGAUGGAACCACAGAGCAGCAGGCAUCUCGAAGCCCGUCAGAGGGCAGGAGUAGCACAGAUCAUCCGAGUCUCGGGAGUCCCGAGAGGUGGCGGCGGGAAUGUCAAGAUGCGGUGGAAGGUGUCUUAUAGGGUCGGGAUGGGACCAUUGAACGAGGAACAAGGAGUCAUCGAAGGCUUACCGGUUUCAUAAAUCCAUUCAUUCAUCCUAUCUUUGUCAUUUACACAUGAAAAAACAAAAAGAGCGAAUGUAUUUCUUGAUUUUUUUUUUUUUUUUAAUUCCCCCCCCCCCACAAAUCAGGAGUGAAAGAAAGAGGGGGCGAACCUGUCAUAACAACAAUCUAGUCGUAAUUCUCUCUCUCUCUCUUUUCUCUCCUUUCCAUUGUGCACUUGUUUAUUAUAUUCUAUUGUUGUUUA